GAACAACUCAACCAAGGCGAUGAAAACCAUGCUGGUGCUGCUGGCGAUGGCGAUGGCGGCCGUGACGGCCCAGGUUUCGACGACAACGGUAGCACCGGUCACUGCCGCGUGCAAUGAAACGUUGUCCAACUUGAACAGUGCCGUGGUGGCGGCGACCCAGUCGAACACCAAAUGCAAGAUCAACAACCCCACGGUCUUUUGCACGAUCGAAGCGUGCAACAACAUCCACAAAAUGGGAAAGAUCGCUGUCGAGUCCGGGUGCGGCAAGCAAAAGCUAUCCGAUAUUAAGUACACGUUUCCCAAGAUGUGUGACGCAGACGACAAGUGCACCAAGCUCGUGACCCAGUUUACCGCGUUGUUUCAGAGUUGCGCCGAAGACCCCAAGAAGCUCGGGACGUCGGCGAGUUGCCAGCCAUGCCGCACGUUGAACGAAACGGCGUUCCGCACGUCGCUGAUGACGGUGUGCGGGUACGAAGUGGCCGCGUUCGACUACGUGUUGAAGGACGAGUCGCUUGUCAAUUCGUUUGCCCAGUGCGACUCGUUAAAGACGGACAAGACCCAAGACAGUCGAGCGACCGCGGCGUCCGAAACCGGCGGGAACUCGACCUUGUUUGUCGUGAUCGGGAUCGCUGUCGCCGUCCUCAUCAUCCUCGGCGCAGUCAUCUACAAGCUCAAGCUCAAGAACGACAUCGCCAAGCGCAAUUUCGACUACAUCAACAACGACACGUUGCAAGCCCAGGACUUUGGAAACAACGACAACAAGUACACCGGGCCCGAGGUCGGCCGCAUCGCGAACGACAUUCGGUUCGACGAAGAGCUCGCGCAAUUCCGCAUCCCGCAAAACGAGAUUCAAAACGUGAGUUUGCUCGUCAAGGGCGGGUACGGCGUCGUGUUCCAUGCCACGUUUGGCAAGGACGACGUCGCGAUGAAGCAGCUCCUGCCGUCCAAGUCGAAAGACAUUGACGCGAUUCAAGACUUUAUGAAUGAAAUCCGCCUCUGCGCUCGGUUGGAGCAUCCAAAGAUCGUCAAGUUCAUCGGAAUCUCGUGGUCGACGCUCCACGACUUGGCCGUCCUCAGCGAAUUCAUGCCGCGCGGCGACGUCGGCGCCGUCCUCAAGAAAGAAUCCAAGAAGAACGAAACGCAUCGGGUUUUGCAAUGGCACCGCACGUCCAACAGCCCGACAACGAAGGUGCAGAUUGCCGCCGACGUCGCUGACGCCCUUGUGUACUUGCAUUCGUUCCAGCCCACGAUCAUCCAUCGCGACUUGAAGUCGAAGAACGUCCUGUUGAGUGACUCGUGGGAAGCCAAGCUGAGCGACUUUGGCAUUUCCCGCGUCACGAGCUUGGAAGAAACCAUGACUAGCAACAUCGGGACCGUCGCAUGGAUCGCGCCAGAAGUGCUCUCGGGCGGCCGGUACACGGAAAAAGCCGACAUCUACAGCUUUGGAGUCCUCCUCAGCGAGCUCGACACGUGCGAGUCGCCGUACUCGAACAUGAUGAACAAGUCCAAGGACGCGUCCUUCUCAAACGCGCGCAUUGCGCUCAUGGUGUCGGAAGGCACACUCAAGCCUGACUUUACGAACCGCAUGCCGGACCAACUGCUCCACCUGGCGCUCGAAUGUCUGGCGUACAACGAAGCGGACCGCCCCACCGCCAUGUCGCUAUCGUACAAGAUCCACACGAUCGCAAAGAACCUCUAAGUAGAUUCGAGGAUGGGGACCAACAUGACGUGUCUGUGUUGC